CGCAUCUUAAACAAACCGACUGGUGCUAACCUCAAAUAAAUACUAUUUGAUUUCGUUUCGUUAGAAGUACAGGACAAAUCUCAAACAUGUCGAAGGCUCAUCCUCCAGAAUUGAAGAAGUUUAUGGACAAAAAACUUAGUUUGAAGUUGAAUGGAGGAAGGCAAGUUGUGGGCAUUUUGAGAGGCUUCGAUCCUUUCAUGAACCUCGUCGUCGAUGAAACCAUCGAGGAAUGCAAGGAUGGUUCCAAGAACACUGUUGGUAUGGUGGUUAUCCGUGGAAACAGUAUAGUCAUGCUUGAGGCCCUGGACCGGGUGUAGUAUUAGAACCAUGUAAUAUAAGAUUUUUUUUUUGUAAUAAAAACUUUGAAAAUGUAAAGAGAAAA